GGCGGCCCCUGGGCGCGCGCGGCAGCAGUUGGACUGCGGCGGGCGGCAGUUCGUUGGUUCGGUUCGAGGCGUCCCUUUUCACCGCUCUUCUACCUCGCGCAGCAUGUCGGGCCGCGGCAAGACCGGCGGCAAGGCCCGCGCCAAGGCCAAGUCGCGCUCGUCGCGCGCCGGCCUCCAGUUCCCAGUGGGCCGCGUGCACCGGCUGCUGCGGAAGGGCCACUACGCCGAGCGGGUCGGCGCCGGCGCGCCGGUGUACCUGGCGGCGGUGCUCGAGUACCUCACCGCGGAGAUCCUGGAGCUGGCGGGCAACGCGGCCCGCGACAACAAGAAGACGCGGAUCAUCCCCCGCCACCUGCAGCUGGCCAUCCGCAACGACGAGGAGCUCAACAAGCUGCUGGGCGGCGUGACGAUCGCCCAGGGAGGCGUCCUGCCUAACAUCCAGGCCGUGCUGCUGCCCAAGAAGACCAGCGCCACCGUGGGGCCGAAGGCGCCCGCGGGGGGCAAGAAGGCCACCCAGGCCUCUCAGGAGUACUGAGGGGCGCCCGCGCCGCAGCCGGCCCCCCAUGCCACCACAAAGGCCCUUUUAAGGGCCACCACCGCCCUCACGGAAAGAGCUGAGCCACGUCGGGCCUGGGGCGGGUGGCCGCGGCGCUCGGCUCCCCCUCCCGCGUCGCCGCCGCCGCCACCGCCCGGCCCGCCCCUCCCCCGCGCGGGCCCGCCGGUUCUCGCGCCCGCUGCCGCCAGGCCGGGGGGCGGCCCGACUUGCCUGGCGCAGAGGCCCUAGCGUCGCCGCCGGGAGAGGGCCGGGGUGCGCAGCUGCCCGCCGCGGCGCCCGUGACUCAGCCGCCCGGGCUCCGGAACCGCCGAUGGGCCGCAGGGAGGCCGCGGCGCCUCCUGGAAGAGCUGCUCGCCGCUCUGACGCAGGGCCGAGGUGCGCGCCGAGGCCGGGACUCUCCAGACGCGGCCGGGAAGAACUGUACACUGUUGGCCCUGGCGCCCCCCGCCGUCUGCACCCGCAGGCCGGACGCUUCGGGGACCGCCGCCUGGGUCUCGGCGGGGGAGGGGCGGGGGCCCUGGUUUGCGCCCCGCGGGCAGUGGGGACCGCAGGAGGUGUGCGCGCGCCCGCGGUGACCGCAGCUGGGCCCUCCGGCUCCGCCGCUCGCCCCACUUCCCUCCGGGCCACCACUCCGCGGGCCACGCACCUCCGUACCAGCACCGGCCGGUUCGCCCGCGUCUGCACUGAGCCUCCGAUUGCUUCGGAACUGGAAUCUCGCAGCUACAACCCACCCAAGACUAGGACCCUACUGUAAAGGGGAGUUUCAGAUGGACUAAUUUUGUUUAUUAAAGGAUUUUUUUUUUUUU